AUGAGGCAAGCACCACUGAGCGACAAAAGGCAGUGGGCAACACCAUCGGCGCGCAUCAACAAUAAAAACACCAUCAACAACAACACUUCAACAGCAGCUCCAUCCAUAGCCGUAGGAGCCGCAGACAACCGAAGACCGUGGCCAGAAGAGUGGCGGCACGAUAACAACAUCACCGGCCAGUUUCUAGACAUUCUCGAACUUUCUCGCACGCGUCCUCUUCCAUACGGCAUUCCCCUACGGCAUUUCCCUACGGCAUUUCCCUACGGCAUUCCCCUACGGCAUUCCCCUACGGCAUUCCCCUACGGCAUUCCCCUACGGCAUUCCCCUACGGCAUUCCCCUACGGCAUUCUCCUACGGCAUUCCCCUACGGCAUUCCCCUACGGAAUUCCCCUACGGCAUUCCCCUACGGCAUUCCCCUACGGCAUUCCCCUACGGCAUUCCCCUACGGCAUUCCCCUACGGCAUUCCCCUACGGCAUUCCCCUACGGCAUUCCCCUACGGCAUUCCCCUACGGCAUUCCCCUACGGCAUUCCCCUACGGCAUUCCCCUACGGCAUUCCCCUACGGCAUUCCCCUACGGCAUUCCCCUACGGCAUUCCCCUACGGCAUUCCCCUACGGCAUUCCCCUACGGCAUUCCCCUACGGCAUUCCCCUACGGCAUUCCCCUACGGCAUUCCCCUACGGCAUUCCCCUACGGCAUUCCCCUACGGCAUUCCCCUACGGCAUUCCCCUACGGCAUUCCCCUACGGCAUUCCCCUACGGCAUUCCCCUACGGCAUUCCCCUACGGCAUUCCCCUACGGCAUUCCCCUACGGCAUUCCCCUACGGCAUUCCCCUACGGCAUUCCCCUACGGCAUUCCCCUACGGCAUUCCCCUACGGCAUUCCCCUAUGGCAUUCCCCUACGGCAUUCCCCUACGGCAUUCCCCUACGGCAUUCCCCUACGGCAUUCCCCUACGGCAUUCCCCUACGGCAUUCCCCUACGGCAUUCCCCUACGGCAUUCCCCUACGGCAUUCCCCUACGGCAUUCCCCUACGGCAUUCCCCUACGGCAUUCCCCUACGGCAUUCCCCUACGGCAUUCCCCUACGGCAUUCCCCUACGGCAUUCCCCUACGGCAUUCCCCUACGGCAUUCCACCAUACCAGCCAUACCAUUCCACCAUUCCAACUUAG